UAAAAUCUAGCAUUAAACAUGAAGUUCUUCGCUCUGAUCAUCGCUUCGCUUGUGGCCUUUGCCGGUGCCUCCUGUCCAUAUUCCGGCUACUCGGCGCCAUCUUCCGGUUAUCCUGCUCCUCCGUGUCCACAGAAUUACCUGUUCAGCUGCCAGCCCAACCUGGUGCCAGUGCCCUGUGCCAAGGAGGCGUCGUCUUAUGGCUCCGCUGGAGCCUACAGCGAACAGAUGCCCCUCUACACCGUAUCCAAUCACCAACAGAAUCAGCAGUAUCAGCAGAGAAUAGGAGCAGCGGCUUUGCUUGAGGAACUGCGUGCUUUUAGCCAAGGAAACCAGGGUCAGCAGUACUAGGAAAAAGGAUCAUUAAAUAAACGAAGAAGGAACUGCAGUUUCAUCUGUGCUGAAGCUGUGGGAAUUGACUUUAGGAACUUGAAAGACAAUUAUUAAAAAGCAAAAAUCAAAAAAGUUUUUACUGUUUCAAUUUGAAACGAUUUUAGCUAAUUGUUGAAAUCUUUCAAAUGGGUUAAAGUCAUAAAAUAGAUGACAAGGACUUGCAAUAU